AUGGCAUCAUCUUCUUCUUCUGCGAGUAAUUCACAAUACUGUCCUCGAUGGAAGUACGAUGUCUUUCUAAGUUUUAGAGGUGCUGACACCCGGAGAACAUUUACGAGUCACUUGUAUGAAGGUUUGAAAAUCAGGGGCACAUUCUCAUUUCGAGAUGAUAAAAGGCUAGUGAAUGGCGAUUCCAUCUCAGAAGAUCUCUUGAAAGCUAUUGAAGAAUCGUCUCAAGUUGCACUCAUCAUUUUCUCAAAGAAUUAUGCUACAUCGAGGUGGUGCUUGAAUGAAUUAGUGAAGAUCAUGGAAUGCAAGGAAGUAAAAGGAAAAAUAGUAAUACCGAUCUUUUAUGAUGUGGAUCCAUCAAUGUUCGAAAUCAAAGUGAGAGCUUUGCAAAAGCAUUUGCCGAACACGAAUGGAGGUUUUGGAUUGGGGAAGCAUUUCCAAGGAAUCGUCGAGCCUAUCCAAAUUCCCACCAAAGGAGCAAAGUUUGGUUUGGGAUAUGUCCCAACAGAUGAUGAAGCAGAAAUGAAGAACAAGAAUGUUGUUCAAGCAUUGGCCAGGCCAAUUCCUCAUCUGUACCAGUCAUUCCCGGUACGAGGAUAUGUCAAUGAUGAUGGUGAUGAUGAGUGUGAGGAAUAUGAACAAGAAAAUGAGGUUCCCGAACAUGUUGCUGAAGAGUUUCAACAAUUCGAAAAUCAACAUAAGCCAAAUUUGGAAGAAACCAAAACUGUGAAUCUUGGAGAUGAGGAAUGUGUUAAAGAAGGCUGA